CCAAAACAUUGAUAUUUUUUGCGAUAUUUCUCGAUCAGCUGUGUUUACUGUUUUCUUGGCCGACCGAUUAAUGCGAAUAUGAAGGUCUUAGACAAUGUAACUGCUAAUAAACCAUCAGUGAGGAGAAAGGAUGGUUCAUUUGAAGAGCCCUUUAAAAAGAAACACCUAGAAGAAAAUCUUGCUGUCCAAAGCACUACUGGUGAUUUAACAUCACUGAGUCCUUUGAAUGAAGAAACAGUUCUCCAGGAAAUAGAAGCUCGUUUUCAAGAAGGCACAUACUACUCCUGGGCAGGUGUUCCACUCAUUGCAGUCAAUCCAUUCCAAAAUGUUGCAGGACUGUAUGCCAGUGAGACAGUUGAAAAUUACAAGAGAAUUGAGUCAAGUAAAAUCAAGGAAUGUCCCCCACAUAUCUUCGCCGUUGGUCAGAAAGCGUAUUGCGAUCUCAAAAGAGAUAUGGAAGUAAAGAACCAGUCCAUCAUCGUCAGUGGCGAGAGUGGCGCGGGCAAGACAUGGACAACACGAAAACUCAUGCAUUUCAUAACCGAUUUGUCGAAUUCGAGGAAAGAAGAAAUUGCGAAAGUUAACAGGAUUGAGCAAAGGAUUCUUGAUUCCAAUCCUAUUCUGGAAGCGUUUGGAAAUGCCGAGACCGUGCGAAACGAAAACAGUAGUCGAUUUGGAAAAUACAUUCAACUUCAGUUUGAUCGAAACCAGAAGAUUGUCGGGGCAACCAUCAACACUUAUUUACUGGAAAAGACGAGAGUUGUAUAUCAAGCCAAAGGAGAACGAAAAUUUCACAUUUUUGAGCAGAUGACUUCGGCAGAAUGCGACCUCCAAGAUUCUCCUUCGAGAAAUGACGAAUCAACGUCCACCGCUCUCAAAGCAACAAAGCAAGCGCUAAAGAAUAUUGGAAUUGACCAUCAACUUCAAUGCGAAAUUUUUAAGAUCCUGAGUGGCAUACUCAAACUUUGUCAGGAUGUCCACUUUGAGGACCAGAGUAAGACGAGCGAAAUUUGUAACGUUCACUAUGAUCAAGUUUCAGAAGUUUGUGAUUUACUGGGAACCGAAGUGCAGUCUCUAAAGCAGUGCUUGAGUGCACGACGAAUCACAACAGGUUCCACUGGCGAACAGUUUAUGAAGCCUUGUUCAGCGUCUGAAUGCAUGGAGAGAAGAGACUGUGUAGCUAAACUCGUCUACUCUCGAUUGUUCGACUGGAUAGUAAAUUUUAUAAAUGGUUCUAUCAGAGCACUGCCCGAUUCAAAACAUUCUUUUAUCGGUCUUCUAGACAUUUACGGAUUUGAAAACUUCCAAUUGAACAGUCUGGAGCAGUUGUGUAUCAACUACGCUAAUGAAAAGCUUCAACAACAUUUUGUGUAUCACUUUAUGAAGAAACAGCAGGAAGAGUACCAGAAGGAAGGCGUUGACUGGACUUUUCAAGAGUUCGUGGACAAUCGUCCAUGUUUGAAUCUCAUUGAGGGAAGGACAAGUGUCUUUUCGUUAAUGAACGAGGAGUGCCGUCUGAAAAGAGAGCUGGACACUAACUCGUUCAGUACCCGCCUGACGACAACACUGGCUCAAAACAGUCACUUCACCUGUCCGCGGUUUAAAAGUGAAAAUCAUUUGUUCAGAAUACAUCACUUUGCCGAAAGUGUGUCUUACCAAGUAGAAGGGCUGGUCAAGAAAAACAAGGAUUUUGUUCCACCCGAAGUAAUCGAACUGUUACAGAGCAGCUCUAAUUCAUUGGUCCAAGAGCUAUUUCAAGCAAGAGAUGUUAUUUCAGAUAAAGCUGAUAAACAAGAGGUAGAUGGACGGGUGCCAUUCAAGGAAAGCAGUAAACAUCGACAGUCCACAAUUACCGUUGUUCACAAAUUUAAGGUUUCACUUGAUAGCCUCAUGUCUACUUUGCGCUCCACAAAUGUUCACUACAUUCGUUGUAUCAAGCCAAACCCCAUCUGUCAACCCGGAGUAUUCGACAGAAACCAGGUGUUGGCUCAGUUGAAUGCAUGUGGUUUGGUGGAGACAAUUCGAAUCAGCGCUGCUGGUUAUCCAAUCAGACUAUCCCAUCAUGAAUUUCUCAAACGAUACAACAUCGCCUUUAAGCAUAUGGAACCGGUGAAGACCUUCCACGUGACUUCUCCUCGGAAAGCAGAAUCGGCAUCUCCUCGGGUUCCUGCCGUGGAAAGACUCAAGCGUCGAUCGCGUCGGAGACACCGAAAUAGCUACGACCACACGAGACACAUCUGUCGGUCGAUCUUGGAAAUUGUCCAGGUUGACAUUGACGAAGGUAAAGAAAAUAUCCGUGCGAGUGACAGCCGCGGUGUGAAAGUUGGACGGACCAAGGUUUUCCUACAGGAAGAGAUGAUGGAAAGGUUGGAGCAAGUACGAAACAGAUGUCUCACCAAAUCAGUGCUGAUAAUCCAGAAGUGCUGGAGGCGUCAUAAAAGGAGACUUGAACAGAGAAGGAUGACUGCGGCUGUUUUUAUCCAAUCAGCUUGGAGAGGAUGGAGAGCCAAGAUGAAUUUCCGGAGAAUUCAAGAAGCAAUCAGAGUCAUACAACGCCGUGUUAGACGCCAUUUCGAAGUAAAACACCUCAAACAAGAGGGCCGAAGCAUUCUUAACUCAAACAGCGACAUUUCCACCCAGGAUUUUGACCCGAGAUCCUUUCUGAAGGCGGGCUCAGCUCUGAAGGCGGAAAGUAUUUGUGCUUCACCAUCGUCCCCGUCUUUUUCACUCCUCGAAACUCCAAGUCGCCUUUCUGGUUUUGCUUCAAGUUUAGCCUCAUGCGGGAUGUCGUCUUGGUUCGACGAGUUUACGCCGCAAAACAACUGGUUGUCGCCUUCCAAAAGUCAAAUGACAAUUAAUUCAAGCAGAGGUCAUCUAAGCCCUCUUGGUCUGUUGAUGGGCUUCGGAUGGGGAAACUCUCAAACAAGAGUACAGUUUGCCGCGGUCGGAAAGCGCUUUGCCAUACAGUUAGUCAAUAAAUCUUCCACUAUUAUAUCGCGGCGAGACAUUGAAAAGGUACCAGUAGCGUUUCGUUGCAAAGGAACCCCUCUAGCUUAUGCCAACACGAGACCACAUCCGGGAACAACAACCAACGCGGGAUUAGCAAGCAUCGGCGAAAUGGAUUAUUAGCAACAGUGACCGACUUCUCCCUGUAAAUUGCAACGCCUCUUUAAGUACCUGAAAGAUCGACAAGAAACUCUGCAAACACUUUCUGGCGCUCAUUACUUAGCAACCAGACUUUCCUCUUUGUCCGCUAGGCAAUGCGAGUGGCUUGCUGUGCAAGGAACGAAAAAUCUAUGUCUAAAUGAAAUUAUGACUGUGUUGAUAACGGUUUUAAAUCUAUUUGUUCAAGCGUUGUGUUGAACCAAAGAUUUAAGCAAAGCAAUAAUGUUUACAAGAGAAAUUUGCUCACUCUCAGCGAAACAUAUUAAUGAAGCCAAAAAUGUCGCUACAUGGAAAAGGAAAGGUAUUGCCCAAAUGGAUUGAGGACAGUGAUAAUUAGUUUGGUAGAAAUAAAUUCCGAAAAAAAAAAAAAAAAGAACAAAACCUGGCAAUUUACAUAAAGUUCGGUGUAAAAUUUAUUUUAAUUACGGAAUUAAAUGCUGAGAUAUCGA